GUCGGGCAGAAGUUCACUGGGAGGGUGCAGCUCGUCACUGGCUUCGGCGCGUUCGUCGACAUCGGGGCGGACCAGGAAGGCCUGGUCGAGAGGGCGCGCAUCACGGAAGACGACGACCCCGCGGGCGAGAUCGGCGACCUUUUGCAGGUCGGCCAGCAGGUGGAGGUGUGGGUCUCCCAUUUGAGGGGUGACCAACUGGGGCUGACGAUGGUGGAGAGCAAGAUCGCCGACAGUCAUCUGAUAGGCAAGGCGGUUGGCCUGGAGACGGACAUCCGCCAGUUCUACGACAUCCCCACGAACCAGUGGCUGGAAGGGCAGGUGGCCGAGAUACCCACGUUCGGCUGGUUCAGCCGAGCAGGUGGCGUCUGGGUCGACGUGACGCUCGAGAGCGGCGCGACCGCCAGAGGCGAGUUGCUCGCCACGAGGAUGCGGGAUCCGGACGGGGGCUACGUUGGCGGCGUCGAGGACGUCGAGGUCGGCCAGACGGUCAGAGUGAGGAUUCUCGGGGUCGACGUGGCCAGACGCAGGAUGACCCUCACCAUGUGCUCGGCGGAUUCGGAGGAGGAUGUAGGCGCGCAGGCGAACUUUGAGCUGGGCGCGUUUUUCGGCGUCCCGAAAGAUCAGUGGCUGGAAGGGGAGGUGAGCGGCGAGUUCAGCUCCGGCCACGUUGUGGACGUGGCGCUUGCGAGCGGGGCGUUCGCGCGCGGGCUGCUGUACGAUUCGCAGGUGCCCCAGUGCCGCUGCCCCAGCGGCGAGGGCCUGCUCGCGGCGAGCGCGCCCGCUGGCUGGUCGAUGGGCUUCGUGACGGGCGCGGCGAUCGUCGCGCUAGGCCUCGGCGCUCUGAGCGGCGGCUUCGUGGCAGCCAAGGUGCGGCUCUCGGUGCCUGCGGGCGGGCCGCCAGGUCAGUUCCACCACGUGCGAUACAACAUCGGAGGCCCCGCCAUCUACCACGAGCGGCUGACGCUGCUGCCUGGCUACAUUCUCACGCCCGACGGCGACCACUACGCCGAGGGCAGCGUUGCGAGUCGUGCCAUCCGACCCGUGCACAUUCUAAGUGGCCAAGGGGAGGGCUUGCCUGGAGUUCCAGCCAACCAUCUGUACCAGUGGCAGCUUCCUCGAGCAGCUGAUGUGUGGUCAGCGCUGCGGCGCGCUUCAGCUCAAGGUUUUGGACUCCUGCCAGCUUCCCCGUUCAGCAUCGAUCUCAGCGGCGCGAACGUUCUGGGGCUUGCUGCGGGGCCGUUCGCGCUGCCCGACCCGCUCGCGCCCGUGGCGGCAGCUGCUGUCGGGCCCGCGCCCCCCGCGCUGCCUGCCCCAGUCGGCGGCGCGGCGCCUCCUGCGGCGGGCGCCCUGCCGGCUGCUGCGGCCCCCGCCCCGCUGCUUGCGCUGGCGGCGCCGCCUGCCGCAGGAGCGCCUCACGGCGGCGGCGGCCUUGGCGCGCUGGCGGCCGCGCUCGGCGGCGGCACGCCCGCGCCCUCGGCGGCUGUCGCAGUCCCCCCUGGCGCUGGCGGCGGCGCCGCCCCUCCUGUGGCGGCGUCAGCUGGUGGCGAUCCCCGCGUGAUGGCCCUCGCCCUCGGCGGCCGCGGCUUUCGCGACAUCAGCUUCAGCGACGCGGUGAAGCUCUGGACGGAGACGGUGCGCGCCGACUGGCCCUUGACGGGCCCGAGGACGCUGCUCUGGGUCCUCGGCUUCACUUAG